UUAUUGAAUAUAUAUGAAGACUAUAAUCUUUUUAUGAUUGAACAAUUUGCAUUUCCUAUAUACAAUAUAACAUCGAGAAAAAAAAUCGUUCUUGAUUCUAUUCAAGGUUAAAAGAUACUUUAUAUCUUGUUUAGAAAACACAUCUUUUCCAUUAAAGGGUUAAUAUAAAAAAAAAGAAGAACUUUUUAGACUAUGAUAAAAAAAACGUUUUCUUUUUUUUUCAAAAACUAUAAUUUUAAUGUGUUAUAUACUUAAUCAAGAAGGCAAUAAAAAUGGAUGAGAUAAAUAAAUGAUGAUAGGAAAAAUACGAAGAAAAAUAUUAUUCUCCAAAGGCAAUAUUCUCCAAUCUAAUUAGCAAAUGGGGAAAACAAGUCUCUUUAUUUUUCAUCAUAUAUUAUAAUGAAAUUAAAUAAUCAAAAUAACCCCUCAUCAUUCGUUCUGUUCAUAUUUUAUGAAAUAAGAAUAAAAUCGAUUAUUUUCUUUUAAUUUAGAUGCUCGAUUUCAUAAAGAUUUAAUCACUAAUUGUCAUCGAGAUGUUACUAAAUUUUGUUCAAAUGUAAUAAUUACUGAUGAUGAUCUUGCUGAUGAAUCAAAUGAUGAUAAUGACAAAAAUAAAGAAGAAUCAGAUGAAGUUCAAGAUCGUGAUAUGGGUGGUCGUGUCAUUGAAUGUUUACGUUCAAAAUAUGCUGAUACAAAAAAUCAAUUAGAACCACAAUGUGUAACAGAAAUAAUUGAUGUUGUUCAAGCAUCAAAACUUGAUAUUCAACUUGAUGUUCAACUUUAUCAAAAAUGUAAAAAAACUCUUGCAAGUUUUUGUGUCGGCUCGGAUCAAGAAGAUUGUUUGAAAUUAUUAUUUCAACAAAAGAAACUUACUGAUGUAGAAUGUAAAAAACAAGUUCUACGAAUUAUAAAAGAAGGAAGAGCUGAUGUACAUGUCGAUCCUGGUCUAUUAGUUACUUGUCAAGCUGAUAUUCUCAAAUAUUGUAAUGAUGUUCCAAUAGGAAGUGGUAAACAAUUACAAUGUUUAUUAAGAACUAAAAAACCGGUAUCGAAAUCUUGUAAAGAUAUGUUAUCUAAACGACAAGAAUUAUGGAGUAGUAUUUCUGAUGUUGAUAAUAUAGGUGAUUUAACAAAACAUAUUAUCAAUUCGAAAAAUAAUGUUUAUCUUUAUGGUAUUAUUUUUAUAAUCAUAUCCGUCAUAUUUCUAACUGGAUGUGUUAGUCGUCCAUGUAUACGUUAUCGUCGUGUUAGCAAAUAUAACACAUAA